GAUCAUUGGUAUUGGAUGUAUCGUUAGGUUGUGCCGAGUCAAAUCUGCUCCGUUUUUUUUCCGUUGCAGAAAAGAGAUCCCUUCCCCACGCUGGCUGCAGGUACUAUGGAUCCUCUGACUCCCAAUCGGGUUGCCUUCCCAGGUCUCGCCGGUGUUGCCUGUAGNUGAAAGAAGUAAAAGUAUAGCUUUAUAGAGCAACGCAUUCUAAUUCUAGGCACAGAUCAUUGGUAUUGGAUGUAUCGUUAGGUUGUGCCGAGUCAAAUCUGCUCCGUUUUUUUUCCGUUGCAGAAAAGAGAUCCCUUCCCCACGCUGGCUGCAGUUUCAAAAGUCAAAAGUGGACAAACACAAUCGGAAGGUAAGUAAAUAAUGAAAGGAAUUUCACCAAUCGGGUCAUACGAUUUAGCACCGAUCCCCUCCCAAUUUCGUCUUCUCUCCGAUCUCUUCCCUUCACCAGCACGGCGCUACAAUCUUCACUCCAUUGAUCUCCUUCCCCAAGAAGAAUCCCACGAACGAUUAAUGGCGCAGCCCAUUAAGGAGCCGUGCAAGAAGCAGGCUUGCGAUAUCCAGGCUUGCCUCUCCAAGAACAAUUUCCUCUCCCAGAGGUGUGUAAGAGUUAUUGAAUCCCUUAGAAACUGCUGCGAACAAUGUGAAUACAAGUCAACUCAUUGUGCUUCAUUGUCUGGCCUUUUGAAACAAAUACAAAAGAAGUAGAUGUGAUCCAUCCGGUUUUGGGUUCUCUUUUGUAAGAUUGAAAAGCUUUCUGUAACUAUGCUAGACAAGCUUUCGGUAACUAUGCUAGACAAGCUUCCUUGUAAAUGUUACAUCAGAGCUGCAGAUGACAAGGGAUGGAGUUUUUUUCUGCAAGCAGCUAUUGUAUAAUAUAAGAGUACUCCAUUGGCCCCUUCAUUGCUGCCAUGUUUGACUAGAUAUGGAGUUUAAGAAAAUGAUUUUAAAUUUUGUUAUUAUUUGUCUUUUACAAGUUUCGACAUUGGAGCCAUUUGGGUGGAUGUGAAUAUGGACAUGGAUGUUGCUCAUCGUAUUGGGAUCGCUUGGGCAAAGUGGAAGUUGUAUGCAACAAGAAGAUUUUGGCAAAGAUGAAAGGAAUGUUCUAUGCGGUAGUAGUAAGACUGACUGACUGAGUAUACUAUUAUACUUUACGGAGUAAAGGGCUUGGAAUCAAGAAAAUAUGUGUUCAGUA